AAAUACAAGAUGCAACAAAGACAACACUCAACACACAAGUCAGAGUUCACAGAUCAAGACAGAUUCAAACAAGGCAACUGGAAGCAGUGCAUGCAUCUUUUUUACACAAGACUAAAGGCCUUCUCCACGGUCACCAUAGUCUCUUGUUAUCCUUGUGAUCACUCUUGCUUGCCUUGUAGGACUCUGCCCUGAGCUUGCCACAUCAUUUCUUCUGCUCAUCUCAAGUGGCAAUGCAGUCUUUUCAUAUCCACCUCAAGAUGGCACUCCAUGUACUUCAAAAUCAUUCAUCAUCUAGCAGGACACCACAGUCUAGCAACUAGAGUCACUGAUGAACAAGUACAAGCAGGAAAAAUAUAUUUGAGAGAAGUAAGAACAAAAAUAGUUAUGAAACCUUGCUGCAGGAAGAAACAUCAAUUUCUCCCAGUUCUCUAAUGUGCAGUUGUUACCAAGCGAAUGAGAGCUUGUGGAUGUUAAAUUAACCACAAAGCACACCAGAAUAUCUUCUAAAUCACGAAGACUUAAGAUAAACUCAAGUGAAAACUGAUAACAGCCAUCCAGACCACUUUUUUUGCUCCCAUCAGUUUUAUUUCUGCAGCCUGAGUGGUUUCCACUUCAAUGAAAAGUGAAAUGAGUAUUGCAUAAUCUGUUGAUACAGCUCGCCAGUGAAGCAGCUUUCCUCUUGUGAUGUCAGAAUGCCUGGAUCUUACAAACAUAGAAAGAGGGCUAUCUCUCGUGAGCAUCGAGGAGAGAAGCACUUGUGAUAUGAUCUGCAAGGAAAUACAGAGUUUCCGCCGUCAGACGCAGCUACCUAUUGACAUCUGCUUUUUGCAGCUGCUGGGUAUCACAGCGUAGGCAGCACUUCGCUGGCAGAGAUACCUGGCCAGAAGCAAGCAAUUCUGCUCCACCAGAACUGAGGAGCUUCUUUGCAUCAUUUGAAAAGAAAGAGAGGAGAAAAGGAACUGGGGGAAAAAAACAUGAGUUCUUCAAGUACGGAGUCCCUUGAAGCUGACACCUCAACCUUUUAUGACUUUUAUGAUAAUUAUAACGAUGCUCCACAACCUUGCAGUAAGGAAACCGUCAAGAGGUUUGCAGCCUCUUUCCUCCCUGUUCUAUAUACCCUGGUAUUCCUGGUUGGGCUCAUAGGAAACACUCUGGUCAUUGUGGUCCUCUUUAAAUACAAGAGACUGAAGAGCAUGACUGACGUGUACCUGUUAAACCUCGCCAUCUCAGAUUUGCUCUUUGUUUUAUCCCUGCCGUUCUGGUCUUAUUUUGUGAUAGACCAAUGGGUUUUUGGAACUCCCUGGUGUAAAAUUAUUUCGUGGAUCUAUCUGGUUGGGUUCUACAGUGGGAUAUUUUUUAUUAUGCUUAUGAGCAUAGACAGAUACCUGGCAAUCGUUCGUGCAGUGUUUUCCUUGAAAGCAAGAACUGCCUUCCACGGCCUGAUUGCCAGUCUUAUUGUAUGGCUGGUAGCUCUUUUAGCCUCAGCUCCAGAACUUGUAUUUAGAGAAUCUUUCAUUGAACAAAAUUAUACUAUUUGCAAGCUGAGAUAUCCAAGCAACUAUAUAUCAUGGAAACUCUUUUACACUUUGGAAAUCAACAUUCUUGGGCUCCUACUCCCUUUUAUAGUUAUGGCAUUUUGUUACUCCAUGAUUAUUAAAACUUUACUUCACUGUAGAAAUGAGAAAAAGAAUAAGGCCGUGAGGAUGAUCUUCGCUGUCAUGAUUGUGUUUUUCUUCUUCUGGACCCCUUACAAUAUUGUAAUUUUACUACAACUGCUGGAAGCUACUGGAGUCAUUAGAAACUGUCAAACAAGUAAGAACCUGGACUAUGCAUUUCAAAUAACUGAAACCCUUGGCCUUUUUCACUGUUGCCUCAAUCCAGUCAUCUAUUUCUUCAUGGGGGAAAAAUUUAAGAAGUACCUGAAGAUGCUCUUUAAGAACUGGCAGUUACCUGGAGUUAUUUGUAAGUGGUGUGGACUUCAUAUCACUUACCACACCGAGUCUACAGGAUCGUUCCACACACAGUCAACUGGGGACCAAGAAGCUCUGUAACGUGUUCCACACCAACUGACAAAAAUAAAAUGACAAAAGCAGGAACUUCAAAAAGCUCAGAAAAUGCACAAGCAUUUAAGUCAGCUCAUUUUUGAUAAUAAAUUCAUCUCUGGUUUCUGCCUCUUAGAUUUUCUGAAUACUAUGAUAGAAGCUGUUCUAGAUGUGAGAUCUGGCAGUCGGACACGUAUGUUUUAUCUGCUGCAAUUAGAAAUCUCUGCUCAGAUGUGCAGCCUUAACUCACAAGUACUACGCUUGUUGCUUCUUUUUCACCAGCAUCAAGAAACGACUGGACUCAAUGGAGGGCAGAGGAGAAACAACUUACUAUCUGAAAGUGCAUUUGAAAAAUUACUCAAGGAGAAGAUGGUUAUUACAAUAUUUUUUAUUCCUCAGCUGAUCUGUGUAGGUUCUGUUUGCUCAAACAUGUAGCUAUCUAUUAACAACAGCAGCUGCUGUUAGGAGUUUAAUCUCAGGAAAGGCUACACCUUCUGCCAUUAAGAAAAAAGGACACAGAACACACACUGUGCACAAAGAUGCAAAGCCAGUGCAGUCCAUUGUGCUAUAAUCCAGCUUUGUUUUCUUUCAGGUAUCCAAAUUGUCUACGCAUACGUAUACAUAGGCAUUUUUGAAUGACUUAAUUACCAUAAUUCAGGAUGGCAAUUCUUUUUUUUUUUUAAUAACAAUGAAAAUGUGGUGGGUUUUUUGUUUUGUUGUUGUUGUUUUUAAAUAAAUCUUUUAAAAGAUAACUUUUUUCCAGUGUGCGUUAACACAUUUGAAGCAUCUUUUAUAAGUAUCUUUUAGAAUGAAUGUUCUUUGCUCCAAAAAUACCUAACUGUGAGACUGAAUUUUCAUUUAUGGUAUAAACAUCUGGCAAGGCAAAAGAAAGCAAAGACAGAUUGUAUAGGGAAGGUCUGCCGUAAUUUAGAAACCACACAAAGAAUAGUUGCAUUUGAUUACAGAGCAGAAGGCAAAGAAAGAUGCCACAGUAGCUGCUUGUAGAUCUACACGUUAUUAAUUGGGUCUGAAAUGGGAAGGAAAGUCUCAAAGCAACAUUUAGAUUUUGGCACAAAAAAAAUUUUUUUUUAAGGUCAAAAAUCAGUGCUGUAGUAGCAGCCAAAGUAAGAGUUGAAAAACCUGCAUGGAAAAUAUUCUUGAUGGCUCUUUUUUUGCUAAAUGACAACAACUAUUCAGCAGACUGUCAUCUUUCUUAGGCCAUCAGUAAUGAAACAACCACCCAGCUUUCAAAUGCGGCUACAAAUAGCAGACAAAACUUAAAAAUAUCAAAGGGCAGACUGUGAGAAGAAGUAUUAAAGUAUAUAUAUAGUAUUAAAGUA